GCGCCGGGAACCUAAGCAGCCGCGCGGGCCCUGGCAAAGUGCAGUCAGACGGAGAACACCGGGCGAGGCGUGGGCAGCUCCGACUCCGGCCAGGACAGGCGCGAUGGCGAGCGGCGACAGCGGACUCGCAGCCCAGGGUUUCCUUGGAUGGGGUGCAGAGGAAGAGGUGGCCCAGGAGCUGGAGACGGAGGAGGAGUCGGAGGGCGAGGGGGAGGAGACGGCGGCCGAGUCGGAGGAGGAGCCCGACGCCAGGUUAUCAGAUGAGGAUGAAGAGGGCAAGACUAAGCAGGAGUGUAUCAUCUCUGACCCAUCCUUUUCCAUGGUGGCAGUUCAACGGGAAGACAGUGGGAUAACCUGGGAGACCAACUCAAGCAGAUCUUCCACUCCUUGGGCUUCAGGAGAAAGUCAGACUUCGGGAAUAUGUAGUUUGGAAGGGUCAGCUCUGACUUCUCCUCCAGGAAGUGUUGCCUUUAUUAUGGAUGAAGUUAAAAGGACACGGAAAAGAACUCAGAAGUCCAAGCGUGGCUCACCAUCACUGCGUCGGAAAGGCAGCAAAAAAAGGAAUUCUCUGGAAUCGCAAGAUGUUCCGACAAGCCAAGAAGACAGUCCUUUAGUUUCAGAGAGCCCCGUGCUCAACACUGAGAAAGAAAAGUCAUCUAUUGGCACUUACGAUAAAACAAGAAGGAAGAAGACUUUAUCAAAUACGCCUCCCAUCACCGGGGCUAUCUACAAAGAGCACAAACCAUUAGUGUUAAAGCCAGUCUACAUAGGAACGGUACAAUACAAAAUAAAGAUGUUCAAUUCAGUUAAAGAAGAGUUAAUUCCUCUACAAUUUUAUGGGACAUUGCCAAAAGGUUAUGUAAUUAAGGAAAUACAUUACAGGAGAGGAAAAGAUUCAUCCAUUAGUCUAGAACCAGAUUUGAGCAAUGGUGGUUCUAACAUAGUUUCCCAAAGGAAAUUAGCCCAGAGCCCAGAAGACGAUACAGCAAGAAAGCUAGCUCCACCUUGGAGAGGUGCCCUCUCCAAAGGGUCUAUGACCUCAUUGUUUAGUCACGAAGAGCCAAAGAAAACACAUGUGGAUUCCCAUUUAAAUGCUCCAUCUUCAACAAAACACACAUUUCCCUCCUACUCCAGAAAUGAUACAGCAGAUCAAGAAGAAAAUCUCAGACUUCCACAGAUGGUGCCACAACAGCCAGCUGACGAAGCAAAGACCCACAGAACAGAACCACCAAGCACUCCAGCAACCAUGGUCCUUGAAAGAGCAAAGGAAGAACUGGAACAGAAUUCACAAGGAAAGGAAAGUUCAGAGGAUAAUGCUUCAGUCUUGACAGGCUUAGCCGAUGAUGUGCAACAGGAAGGCAUGGUUUCUGUCAAACAUACCAUGCCAUGGGAGGCAGAGAAGGAGUCUUUGGAGACAGGACUACCAAGACCAGCACCAGCCAUCCAAGAACGAUUUGAGCCAGAUAUGGAAGGGCUAGAGCUGAUUCCAACAGAAAAAACAGAACAAGUGUCUGAAUAUGUGACCUCAUCUGAGCCCAUAGUCCACAGAGAGGAGGAACAUGCGCCUGAGCCCACAGUCCUUAGAGAGGAGGAGCAUGUGCCUGAGCCCACAGUCCUUAGAGAGGAGGAGCAUGCUCCCGAGCCCACACUCCAUAGAGAGGAGGAACAUAUGCCUGAGCCCAUAGUCCACAGAGUGGAGAAACAUGCGCCUGAGCCCACAGUCCUUAGAGAGGAGGAACAUGCGCUUGAGCCCACAGUCCAUAGAGAGGAGGGGCAUGCGCCUGAGCCCACAGUCCUUAGAGAGGAGGGGCAUGCUCCUGAGCCCCCAGUCCUUAGAGAGGAGGAACAUGCUCCUGAGCUUAUAGUCCAUAGAGAGGAGGAACACGCGCCUGCGCCCAUAGUCUACAAAGAAGAGGAGCAUGCGCCUGAGCCCAUAGUCCACAGAGAGGAGGAGCAUGCGCCUGAGCUCAUAGUCAAUAGAAAGGAGGAGCAUGUGCCUGAGCCUGUAGUUCAUAGAGAGGAGGAGCAAGAACUCAAGCCGCCUCUCUCCGUUGCAUCACAAAAACUAGAGAGGGAAGCAGAAACUUCUACACCAAUCACGGAUACCACUGAACCCGAAGAUUCUAGCCUAGAAGAAGAGAUCAUAGAACUUGAUUACCCAGAAAGUCCUUUAGUUUCUGAGAAGGCUUCCCCAUCGCCUUUGUCCCCCGAAGUGGAGCACAGAAAAGAGUCCAUUCUACCUUCACAGAUGACAUUCACACCUGAACAUUUCACUUUGUCCGAGGAAGAAAGAGAGGAAAGCGAGUCUGUUUCUACUGAUUCUGCUUUUGUAUCUGAGUAUUCAGUCCUACAGGAUCUGAACCAUAAACCAGAGAAGCUAGAAGUAGAGGCAGUUUCUGUAUCUGAUGUGAAAUCUAGCUCUGAACCAGCAGUCUUUUCAGAGGAUGACGAGGAACGUGAGUCUUAUUCCCCAGCUGCAACCUCUGUAUCUGAGCACUCUCUCUUGACAUCCACCACUGAGAAGACAUCUGCCACCCAGUCCCCACUCUUUCCAGCAGUUUCACCAGACCAUCUGGUCCUGUCUGGAGAUGAGGCCUCAGAGAGCACGUGUCACUCACCAGAUUCCGAAUCUGCAGCUGAGUACUCUGGUCUAGCACAUGCGCAAGAGUUGCUGGUGAAAACAGGUGACCACAAGCUCCCAUUACAGUCCCAACACGUUUCUGAACCCAUUAUUCAGGCAGAAGACGAGAAAGAAGAUAUUGGGCUACUUUCCUCAGCUGUGGAUGCUACUUCUGAAUACCCUCACUCACCAUCACUAAGUGAGAAGGCUUCUGAAUGCCAUUUGCCACCAUCCCUGGCCGCCACACUGAGACAUGCAGCUCUAUCGGAAGACGAGGGUCUGGAAAGUGGAAGUUUUGCAUUAGAUUCAAAGCUGCCAUUUAAACCCUCAGUUCCAGAAAAUGCAACACAGGAAUCCCCCCAAAAAACAAUAGAUGACACGCCCCAAUUUGAGCCAAAAGGCCUUUCUGCGCCUGCAACCCUAUUAGAAAAGGAAGCUGUUGGGGUUGGGCUACCUUCAUCCAAUGAGAUCUCUGCAGCUGACCGUGCUCUCCUCCCACAAACCACCGAGCUGCUUUCUGAAAGCCAGGCCCCAUCUCCCUGGGCCACCUCAUCGGAACAUGUGAUCCUAUCAGAAGAAGGGAGCGGAGAAGGCCAGCAGUGCUCAUUCUCUUCCACACCAGAGCUUGUCCACACAUCCCCUCUGCUUCUAAAAGGUGCCUCCUCCCCCACAGGUCUAUCAGAGCAAGGGCAGGAAGAGUACAACUUUGGGCCCCUUUCCCCUGAUUCUGCAUUUGCGUCGGAAUUCUCAUUCUCACCCUAUCCUACUCAGGAACUAGAGAAAAGAGAGCUGGGGCGGGAUUCUCCACUGUGCCUAACGUCGCCCUCUGAGCACACUGUUCUGUCUGAUGAGGACACGGAAGAAGCUGAACUCUUUUCUCCAGAUUCAGCAUCACAGGUUUCAAUUCCACCAUAUAGAAUCGCAGAAACAGAGCGAAACAAAGUCGAGCCAGACGAAUUACUACCUACAGGGCCUGCUUCGGACUAUCCCUACUUCUCAGAGGCAGUAGACGAAGAAGAGACUGGAUCCUCAGUGGUCACGCCUGUGCCCGAGCAUUCUGAUCCAUCGCAGGAGCGGAAAGAGGAGCCUUUCCCUUUUAUGCCUGUGUUUGAAGAUCUGAGCCUGCCACCUUCAGCAGAUAAGACAGGCCAAGCAGAAACUAUGUCGGAUGUUCCAACAAUUUCAACCUCUGUAUCUGAAUAUCUCAUCCUGGCACAGCAGCAGAAAACUCAAACAUCUUUGGAGCCUGAGGCUGAGGAUUUGGUACCACCACCAUUAACCAGUGGAUGGGAGAAGAGAGAUGCAAAGAGUAAUCCACCAGCAGUUACGAUAGCAGCUUCUUCUUCUGCACUGUCCACAUCUCAGUCCUCAGUUUCACCCGAGUCAGCCUGUGUGCUUAAGACAGAACAGGAACCCAAAGCAUCGCUCACUCUAACAAGUGCAGAUGAACAGAUGGCUUUGCCCAAAGUCAGAAGGGAAGAAACUGUGCCGGAUUCUCAAGAAGCGACAGCACACGAAUCACAGGAUCAGACACCAGAGCCUCAGCCCCCAAAUGUUCCAGGGUCUGAGAUGAAAUAUUCCAUUUUGUCUGACUUGGGAGAUAAGCCAAAGGCGGAUGUCAAACUCAAUUUAGCUCCAACUGUGACUUCUGAACUAGAACAGAGAAUGUUGUCAAAGAAUGAGCCUGAAGUGGCAAAACCGCAUUCACCUCCAGAGGAAACAUCUAUUUCUGGACGUAAGGUUUUAUCUGCAGUGAAAACGGAAGUGAAACAGGACUCCAAAAUAACCAGGGAACUUCCUGCAGCUUCAUCGGGGAUAGAGAGGGAAGCGGAUCAUAGCCCACCUGCGCCACCAGCACUUCCAGCGUUGUCAGAAGAGAUGGAGAAAGAAACCGAAGCCAGCUUUUCUGCCACUACAGUGCCAGUAACUAAGUUUGAUUCAAAUUCAACUGAAUUAGGCAGAGAUGAAAUCCUGACAGAUUCAUCUCUUGCCAGCCCUGUGGAACACCCGGGUUUACAGGGAGUGGGGAAGAGCGAGUUAGGAAGUGGUUUGCCAUCACCCAGCAUGUUUAUAGCCGAGCACACGACUCUCCGAGGGGAAGAGAAGGAACCAAUUAAAGGGGCUGCUUUCUUCUCUAGCUCUUCAUCCGGAGGUUCAGUUUGGCCAGAAGCAGAGGAAGAAAGGAAAUUAGAUUUACCUCCGAGUUUAUCAUCUCCCUCGGAGCUCUCUGUUUGGUCAGAAGUAGAAACUGAAGAAGUUAAGCCUGGGUUGCCAAUAUCCAAAGUGCCCUCAGAUGUGGCCGGGGAAGCCAGGGUAGAAAACAGACAAGGCCUUUCACUCUCUCCAGCUCUCGACUCUGAACACUCCAUUUCAUCACAGAAAAAGAACUUGUUGUCUGUCUCAGAGGUGUUAAGGCCUGAACCCAAACUUCCCAUCAACUCAGGUGGUGAGGUAGAGAGGGAAGACAGCGAGCUUACUCCCCUGCAAGUGUCACCCGAAUACACAGUGCCAAGUGACAAACCCGAGGUGAUAACAAGGUCUCCUGAGUCUGAAAAUUUAGUGUCAGAUGAUUUAGCCCCAACGGUCCUGGCCCUCAGGCAUGAGAAGAACAGACAAGCAGAGGAGACAUCUUCUCCAGUGCCGGGGAGUUUCCUGUCAGAAAAGCAAGAGCUCAUAAAGCUCCCCCCAGAGCCUAAGAAGCACAAACAGUUAUCAGAAGUACCGAGUGCUGGGUCAGAACUCGUUGAUGGUAGAGAUAGAGAUGGAUCCUUAGGUAUAGAACCAGUAAAACUCAUCAGAACUGAACCAGGGCCUUCUAUCUUAGAAAGGGGCUCCCCUGAGCUUAGGGGAAGAGGCAAAGAGCAAGAAGAAAACAGGGAGCUUCCCGUGCCUGCUACAUCUCCAUUAGAGACUGCUUCUCUUGACCUCCCCAUCGAGCAAAAAGAGCUUAAAAAGACCCUUCACGAGGGCCGAGCUGUUAAGGUGCCUGAUGGGAGCAGCUCUUUUGCAGAUAAGCCAGAUCUGGGUAUUAAACAAUUAGCAGAGGAGAAAGAGAAUUUGGAGCAACCGAAGCCAUUUACGACAACUGAGCUUGCUAAUGUUACAGGAACAAAAGCGAAGGAGACUCUCAUUUCCCCAAAGGGUAACACCUGGAUGGUGGAAAAGCCAGAUGGCUUAGUCAAUCAGCAAGAAGAUAGAAAAUCAGGAUCUGGGCAGCUGGAGUCCUCUGAGAGCAAUGAUCUGAUGUCAGAGGAACUUGGGGCUGGUCCACUGGAUACAGGUUGCACAUCUGGAAUCAGAAAGCAGGUUCUACUCCAAGCUGUGGAAGAACCCCAUUUGCCAUUGCAAGAACAAUUAUCUAUCCUUCAUGUAUCUGGUGGCAAGGUAGAAACCUUAUCCGCUAAGACUUAUCUUUCUGAAGAAACAAAGGCCACAGUCCCUGUUGGAAAGGUGGAUAGAGGCGGAACAGAAGAGAGGCAGAACAGCACUUUCAUGGAGAGUGAAAAUUCAGUAUCAGAGAAAACAAAUGCAGAAUUUCCCAGGCCUUGCAAAGAAGAUGUCCAGAAGGAAGUCAAACUACCUCUUGAAGGAACUCUCCAGAAAUCAGAGACUGGCCCAUCAGUGGAGCAGGUAAAAGCAGAAACUACCCCAGUUCCUGCCAGCGCAGCACAUUUCCUGGCUCAAGUUGCAGAACCUGCACUGGGCAAAAACCAAGAAGCAAGCAAAGCAGCAGUGUCUGGUGAGAAGCCAUCUCAAGAAUCCGGAAGGGUUCCGUCAAAGGCUGGAGGUGAUGCUGAGGAAGGGAGAAAGCUAGCCUCUGGUGACGUGGAAGUACUCACCCAAAGGACAUCUGUCCCUGCUGUGAAAGCAAAUGCCACCCCUCAACCUCCAGAGACCCCAGCGGUGACACAAAAGCCAUCUGAGAAGUCACCGGUAGCUGAGCAAGAUCUUCCUACAGAGAAGGGGAAGAAAGGAAUUUCGUCUUUCAAAUCAUGGAUGUCUAGUUUAUUGUUUGGAUCAAGCACUCCAGAUAAUAAGGUCUCUGACAACGAAGAUGUAGAAACUCAUCCAAGUGCCUCUGUAGAGAAAGCAGUAACUGCCAUAGAGCCUGAAGGUACGGUUCCUGCUGAGGUUAAUACAGCUGAGAAGCCAGGGGUUCAUUCAUUACCUGAGGUCACAGUUAAACUGCCUGAAGAACCCAAAGAUGUUUCAGUUAAAUCCAGCAUAAGCCAAGAUCUUAAAGAAAACCUCACAAUUUUAUCAAAUGAAGAUGUUUUUAAGCAACCUAAAUCUAACUCUGAAAACUAUGGGAAGAAAGUACUCCCAGGCUUUUCAGAGGGAAUGAGUGAAAGCUUAGCUACUUCAGUUGGUGACAAACAUCCUGGAAUUCAUCCUUGUCCCCCUACGGGUGAGAAAGUGGGUAUGGAAGAAGCCCAAAACAUGGCUCCUCUUCACAUUCCUGAGAGCCAAAGAGGCCAGAAGCCAAAGAUCUCUCCUCCGUCUAUGUGGAGUAUUUCUGCUCUUAAGGAAGAGCCAAGCAGUGAUCACAAGGAAGCAUGGCUCUCGUCAUCUGACGUAGUAGAUAGAAUGCCACAACAGCCAAAAUCAGCUCAGUCUGCCCUCACAAGGGCGGACUCAGAGAAGCCAGCACCGAUGAUUCUGCCAGUGGGAUCAAAAGGCAGUUUAAUCGAUCUUGGUGAAGACAGACUAAGACGAGAAAUGCCAAAACCCACUUCUCUGGAACAUUGUGAGGAGGAAGUGGAACACCCAGUGGAGGAGAAGGAUGGCGGGGAAACUGGAUCAUUUUCCUUACCGUGGAAGAGGGGGCUGGCAGAGAGGCAAGAAAUCAUGGCUCCCUUGGAACUCAAGGAAAAUAAAGCAGUAGGAGAGUUGCAAACGACGCCGGAAUCUCGACCUUUCAAAUUGGAAGACUCAAAAGCUGCUGAGGGGCUGGAACAGCACAUCUCUCCAAGUGAAGAGCUCUUGGAAAAACCCAGCAAGACUCUUGCUUCAGAGAGGAGAGACAAGGAGGUGCCGGAACGGGUAUUUUCAGAAGGAAAGAAGCAAGGAUGCCGACCCCACUCCCCACCUGCAGCCAUGCCUCUGCCUGGAGCAUCAGCUGUCUCUUUGGAUAAGGCCCAACCACCUUCACUGGCUAAACCACUGCCAGUUACUGAAAAACCAGAACGUAUAUUCACAGAGGUAUACCCAGAAACUAGGGAGAGAAAGGCAGCAGAAACCCAGCCACAUCCCCAGGAAGAAGGCAAAACUUUAGUAGAGAAAACCAAGGCUUCCCACGUGGAACCUCCCCACGAAGAAGAAAGGGAUUCUUUUACUCAGGGAGGAAAUCUGGAGUUGGAAAAGCCACAUGAGAGUAGAGUGGAUCUCAGAGAAGAAAGGAGGCAGCUCACGAUGCCUGAGUUGUCCCUUGGUGCUUCAGUGGCUGUGAGAGAUGGAAGUGUGCAGCCAAGACCCCUAUCUAAGGAUGCUGAGAGGACAUCAGAACAGAUGACUGGCGAAACAAAGGAUUUAGGAAUGCCACCAACUCAGCUGUCAGCUGUAGAACCACAAAGUCUUGUUUUAGGAACUUCUGUAGAACAUACAGUGAAGAAACAAGAAAUAUGGUCAGACAGGCCCACAGUCCACACUAUCGAGACAUCUAAAGACCACCCAGAAGAGAUGCGGAAACAGUCUGUUCUUAUUUCAAAGCAUCACUUGGAAGCUGUGGAGGAUGUGCACAGAAAUGAACCACCCUCUUCAGCAGCAAGCAACUAUACUCAGUUUAUGCUUAGUGCAUCAGCGAUCAGUGCUGAGGGAGUUCCUCCUAUGGGAGGCACAGCCCAGGAGUCUGAAGGCACCACUGCGAAAGAUGGAGAAUUUUCAGUCACCAGCAAGCCAGCUGGACUUUCAGAAGAUCAGAAGAGUGCCUUUAGCAUCAUUUCUGAAGGCUGCGAGAUACUGAAUAUCCAUGCCCCUGCCUUCAUCCCUUCAGUGGAUCGGGAAGAAAGUGAACAAAUGCAAGAUAAGUUACAGUAUUUGGAAAAGAAAGCUUCAUUUAAAAGCAUAUCGGUUCAUGAUGAGAAGAAGGCAGUUGCUUUCCAUAAAACACAGAAGAGCACGUUAGAAGUUCCUGAUAGGAAAACUAUUACAUCACUGAGGGAAAAUGAGCCAAAGGAAACUCACAAGACAAAGGAGGAGAUAGCCACAGACUCAGAAAUGGGCGGUUCCACACCCAUCCAACCCACAGUUUCUAGCGAAGAGGAUUAUUUUGAAAAAUAUACUUUGAUUGAUUAUAACCUCUCCCCAGGCUCAGAAAAACAGAAAUCAACUGUUGAGGAAUCCCCAGAGGAAGCCACAGAAACGCUGACUUCUUUCCCAGAAAGUUCAGCUGAACAGGCCCUAGACCACGACUAUAACUUAGUAAAGUUAGACGAAAGCUUUUAUGGGCCAGAAAAGGAUGGUAGCAAAUUAUCUCACGAAGAGAUGCAAAAGUCUUUGGUUAUCCAAAAACCAGAUGAUAGUAAUGCUCCAAAGGGGAUCAGUAGAGAUGUGGACUCCAGGUCCCCUGGGAUGUCUUUAUUUGAUGUGGGGGAAGGAGUUCUAUCAAGAAGACAGAUAUUUCCCACCACCACCAAGGCUGUCAACCCCGAGCUGCUAGAGGAGCCACCUGCACUUUCCUUCUUCUAUAAGGAUCUGUAUGAAGAGGCACGUGGGGAGAAGCAUGAAGGAGAAACAGCUUCAGAAGGUGACAGUGUGGAUUCUGAGACAUCAUUUCCAAGGAGACAUUCUGACACCGAUGAUGGAACAGGUAUGUAUUUUGAGAAGUACAUACUCAAAGACGACAUUCUUCAUGACGAAUCUGUAACUCAAGAAGAUCAAGGCCUGGAAGAAAAGCCAGUUGGUGAAGAGGAUUCACAGCAACUGAGAGUUGCAGAAAGGGACAUCGGGAGAAAGCCUGAAACUAGUUUUUGGGAGAAGAAUCUGGAAGAACAGCACAAGGUUGUUGACAGGGAAGGAGAACCCACAAGCCACAUGGAGACCCUUGAUGAGGCGGCAGUGCAGCAGAAAGUUCCCAUUACAGAGCAGGUCAGAGCAGUCACCCAGAAGAUAAGCUACGCAGUUCCAUUCGAAGACGCCCGCUGUGUCCUGGAGAAUGAGCCAGGCAGCCAGGGUAACGGGGCAGGAAAUGCAAGUCCAGAUGCCCAUCUGAAUGUCCCAGUGCAAGUGUCUUUCCCAGAGGAAGAAUUUGUAGCAGGUGCCACUUAUGCUCCUGAAGUAUCGCAAGAGGAGCCAGUCCCAUCUGUGUCACGUGAAGAGAGGCUCCACAAUGUCCCUGUGCAGGAUGAGUAUGACUUUGUUGACUCUCUGAAUCAGGAAACAGCCAGUCAAGGCAUCUUACCAGAAGAACCAUGUUCAGAAUCCUCUCCCAGAGAAGUGUUAUUUCAAAGAACAGAGUCCUUUGAGCACAUCAGGGAACAGGAACUCACGAGUGGGGAGGAACCAAGAAUCUCGGCUUCACAGGAAGCAUGGGACAGAAGGGCAGAAGACCAGUUAGCAACAGAAUCAGCGACCGAUAAGACACAAAAGGAGCAGAAAAAGGCCCAGCCUGAGUCUUACUGCUACACCUGCAAAAGCCUGGUCUCUGAAAUGGACAAGGUGCUGGACAUUCACAAAGACCAUGAGGUUUCAGCACUCGACACGGCUAUAAGUGCUGUUAAGGUUCAAUUAGGAGAAUUUCUUGAGAACCUACAAGAAAAAUCCUUGAGGAUCGAAGCUUUUGUUAGUGAGAUUGAAUCCUUUUUUAAUACCAUUGAGGAAAAGUGUAGCAAAAAUGAGAGACGACUUGAAAUGCAGAACGAGGAGAUGAUGAAGAAGGUUUUGGCGCAGUAUGAUGAGAAAGCACAGAGCUUUGAGGAGGUGAAGAAGAAGAAAAUGGAGUUCCUGCAUGACCAGAUGGUCCACUUCCUGCAGAGCAUGGACACGGCCAAGGAUACCCUGGAGACCAUCGUGAGAGAGGCUGAGGAGCUGGACGAGACAGUUUUCCUGGCUUCAUUUGAGGAAAUCAAUGAAAGGCUGCUGUCUGCCAUGGAGAGCACAGCUUCCUUAGAGAACAUGCCUGCCGCCUUCUCGCUUUUCGAACACUAUGAUGACAGCUCGGCGCGAAGUGACCAGAUGUUGAAACAAGUGGCUGUUCCGCAGCCCCCCAGACUAGAACCCCAGGAACCAAGUUCCGCUACCAGCACAACAAUUGCAGUGUACUGGAGCGUGAACAAGGAGGAUGUGGUGGACUCAUUCCAGGUGUACUGUGUAGAGGAGCCUCAGGAUGAUCAAGAAAUAAAUGAACUGGUAGAAGAAUAUAGAUUAACAGUGAAGGAAAGUUGCUGCAUAUUUGAAGACUUAGAACCCGACCGAUGUUAUCAAGUGUGGGUGAUGGCUGUCAACUUCACUGGAUGUAGCCUGCCCAGCGAAAGAGCAAUUUUUAGAACAGCACCUUCCACACCCGUGAUCCAUGUAGAAGACUGUACUGUGUGUUGGAACACUGCCACCGUCAGAUGGCGGUCUGCUAACCCAGAGGCCACAGAGACCUACACUCUGGAGUAUUGCAGACAGCACUCUCCUGAGGGCGAAGGCCUGAGAUCUUUCUCUGGAAUUAAAGGACUCCAGCUCAAAGUUAACCUCCCUCCCAACGACAAUUACUUCUUCUAUGUGAGAGCCACCAAUGCCUCUGGGACGAGCGAGCAGAGCGAAGCUGCCCUCAUCUCCACCAGAGGAACUAGAUUCCUCUUAUUGAGAGAAACAGCUCACCCGGCUCUCCAGAUCUCCUCAAAUGGGACGGUGAUCAGCUUCUCUGAGAGGAGACGGCUGACGGAGAUCCCCUCCGUGCUGGGUGAGGAGCUGCCUGCCUGUGGCCAGCAUUACUGGGAAACCACAGUCACGGACAGUCCGGCCUAUCGACUUGGCAUCUGUUCCAGCUCAGCUGUGAGGGCUGGUGCCCUGGGACAAGGGGAGACCUCGUGGUACAUGCAUUGCUCUGAGCCACAGAGGUACACAUUUUUCUACAGUGGCAUUGUGAGCGAGGUACAUGCCACCGAGCGUCCAGCCAGAGUGGGCAUUCUGCUGGACUACACCAACCAGAGACUUCUAUUUAUAAACGCCGAGAGUGGACAGCUGCUCUUCAUCGUGAGGCAUAGGUUCAGUGAGGGCAUGCAUCCUGCCUUUGCCCUGGAGAAGCCUGGGAAGUGUACUCUGCAUUUGGGCUUAGAGCCCCCCGAUUCUGCCAGGCACAAGUGAUCCUGGGCAUUCAGAGUUUAUAAGAAUAGGAGUAAGAGUUGGGGUACAGAGCUGCCAUUCUGUCUCUCAGGCAGUGUGCAUUAUUCAGAUAGUCUCCCAUACACCUGCACUGAUGAUAGCUCUGGGUGCUGCAGUCAGCAAGGGAGGAAAGCCAGGGACCCCGUCCCUCCUGGAGCAGGGUGUGAGUGAGUGGAGGGGUGGAGGCACAGCCUCCACCCUUGUUUCACAAGUGGAGUCAUUUCCUAAAUUCAGAGGAUUUACACUUGACCUGGGAACCAAACCCAGAGAAAAGGGGUUCUGUCUGCUCUAUCGUCAAACAAAUUCCCCAGUAGCCAGGUCAGAGGGGAGGGAAGGUUGUGUCUCUGGCACAUCUCCUCUUACAAAGGGACAUCGACUUCUUCCACAAGAAAACGCCACCUUACUUCACUAGAGGAUAAUGAACCUUAGUCAUUAGAGAAAGUGUUUUAGCUCAUCUAAAUUUACAAUGAACUCUUUUACUAUCACGUAUGCUGUAGAAUGUAAGCCUCACUCCUCUGAAAAUUUAAAUGUAGAAAAGUACUAGAUAUCAGAGAUUUCCAUUUUGUUAAAUAAAUGGCUAGCAUCUUAUAAAAUAA